AGCAUGCUGGUCGUGAUGACUGCUUUGACAUGUUCUGUCUAACGUACGUGUAGACCUAACAAACCUCAAGUCUUCAAAUGCAUCAUUAUCAUCAUUUGAUUUCACCAUCAGCAUCAUCAUCAAAAAACAUAGCUGGUGAGACUGACAACUCUGAGAAUGUCAAGGAGAAAAUUCUUAUGAAACUGAAUGCCAUGGAAUACAGCAUUGAUGGUACAUUUACAGUGGGGUGUGUAGAUGAUGAUAGUUCCCUCUCCACCCCUCGGUUAUCACGAGAAAUAUCUAAACUGGGACACUAUGCCAAUUCAAAGAAGCAGAAGAAAGAGAAUGACAAUGCCCUGGCAAAUAGUACAUUGGUAGUGCUGCAGGACAUGGAAGAAGCAUUGAAUAGCAGCAAUGAAAAUGAUAAGUUGGGAAGUUGGGACACUGGUGUUGUGGCUGCCGUUGUUGGGGCUGCUCCUGGUGAUGGUGUAGCUGCUGCUGUGGCUGAUGGUGCUGCUGACGAUGCUGUGGCUGGUGCUGGGAGAGCUGGCAGUAACAGUAAGGGUGCUGUGUCCCGGGUGGUUGGCAGCACUGUUGGUUGUGCUGGAGUGCUGUUAGAAUAA